AGAUAUAUAUAAUUCUCGUCUGACAGUGCAUGCCAUUACUCUUUAUCUUCUAAUUUGUAAGUAUUAUGAACUAUAAGCACGAUAACAAGAUGUGUCCACACGGGAAGUUCCUUCGUUUCUAGAAUUACAUAUAUUGAAAACGAGACAAUGACCCACUUUUUUCUUACAUGUAGGUGAGUCAAAAUUGGACCAGAAAAAAGUAGCUCAGUGUAUAUCUUCCUUAGAUAUAUUGUAAUUAUGACGUCUGUAUGCACAAUUUGUGAUCCAGGAAAUUAGAAUGAUAAGCAUAUUGGUAAGGUUCCCUCCAAAUGCCAUGAGCUUGUGCUCCCAGAAGAAAAAUAAAAACAAAAAUAGCAACGAAAAGAAAACUUGGAAAGAGAGACGCUUGGAAGGCCAAGAAAGAAGAAACGUUUUUCGUUACCCAAAACCCAAAUCAACCCCACUCCUUAUCCAUCGCCGUCCUCCUCCCCAAACCCAGUUGGAAGCACUUGAACAAGUUAUUACAAACCUUGAAGACUCUCUUGAGAAGGGCAUCAGAAUCGACCCUGAAAUAUAUGCCUCUUUAUUAGAAAUCUGCUAUCGCUUGCAAGCCAUUCGUCCCGGUAUCCGAAUCCACCGCCUUAUCCCAACAUCCCUGUUGCGUAGAAAUUUUGGCAUCUCUUCCAAGCUUCUUAGGUUGUAUGCGGCGUGUGGGUAUGUGGACGAUGCCCAUGAGCUGUUUGAUCAAAUGUCUAAUAGGGACACAUAUGCAUUUCCCUGGAAUUCGCUCAUCUCAGGGUAUGCCCAAAUGGGCCUCUACGACGACGCCAUUGCACUCUACUUCCAAAUGGUAGAAGAGGGUGUUGAACCUGACUUUUUCACCUUCCCGAGAGUUCUCAAAGUUUGCGCUGGAAUUGGAUCUGUUCGACUGGGGGAAGAAGUGCAUCGCCAUUUGGUUCGUGCUGGAUUUGCCACUGAUGGGUUUGUGCUUAAUGCACUUGUUGACAUGUAUUCGAAGUGCGGUGACAUUGUAAAGGCACGAAAGAUCUUUGACAAGAUGCCUCAUAGAGACCCCAUUUCGUGGAAUUCUAUGCUCACUGCUUAUGUUCAUCAUGGCCUUGAGAUUGGGGCAGUGAACAUUUUCCGCCAAAUGGUUUUGGAAGGGUGUGAACCUGAUUCUGUUAGCAUAUCCACCAUUCUUACAGGUGUGUCUUCGCUAUGUCUAGGCGUCCAAAUUCAUGGAUGGGUGAUUCGGCGAGGACUUGAAUGGAACUUGUCCAUAGCUAAUUCCUUGAUGGUGAUGUACUCCAGUCAUGGUAGGUUACAAAUCGCAUGUUGGAUAUUCAAUCUAAUGCCAGAGAGGGAUAUUGUUUCGUGGAAUUCUAUAAUAUCUGCACAUUGCAAACGCCGAGAAGCCCUUGCCUUUUUGCAGCAAAUGGAGAAAGCUAGUGUUGAGCCUGAUAAAAUAACGUUUGUGUCGAUAUUAUCAGCCUGUGCCCACUUAGUCUUGGUGAAGGAGGGAGAGAGAGUGUUUUCUCUAAUGUGCAAAAAAUAUAAAAUAAAACCAAUUAUGGAACAUUAUGGUUGUAUGGUUAACCUUUAUGGAAGAGCAGGGCUAAUUAAAAAGGCUUAUAGCAUCAUAGUGGAUGGAAUGGGCUUUGAGGCUGCAGGUCCAACUCUUUGGGGAGCUUUAUUGUAUGCCUGCUUUUUGCAUGGAGACGCAACUAUAGGGGAGAUUGCUGCAAAAAUGCUCUUUGAUUUGGAGCCAGACAACGAGCAUAACUUUGUACUUCUUAUGGGGAUUUAUGAAAAUGCAGGCAGAUUAGAGGACAUGGAGAGAGUUAGAAUGAUGAUGGUUGACAGAGGAUUGGAUUAUUAGGCAGCUGUACAUCCUAAUCUUAUGUUUUUCUUUAGUCACCGGAAACGUUUGAUGCUUGAUUCAUUCAGUUUCCAUUUUGUCCCACAAAAUAUGAUUACAGUAGACAUUCUUUGAUGUAUACAACACCAGCACAUAAUAUGCUUGAUCAAAUUUCAACCAGGCUUUGUCUUCCUCCCGAGAGUCAUAUACCAGAAAACACAUUACUUUUCACCUGUGCAACUUCACACCAAACGUAAUUACUGGGUUGAGUACCUUGGCGGCCGUAGAAGUUGAUUUUGUCAUGCCUUUCUGGAUUGUAUUGUCUGGACUUAAUUAUUUCUAACACCAC